UCAGUCUGAAUCAAGCUGUGAGAGUGAGAGGUUGUUUGCCGCUCGACUCCUUGCCUCUGUUACCACCUGUUAGCUGUUCCUUUCCUUGACUCCUUGGCAGGGGACGUGAGGCUCUGCAAGGGGCGACCUCCAGGCGGCGGGAUGCUGUGGGCGGCGGCGGCGGUGGUGGCGGCGGCCGUGGGUGUGCUGGUGGGCGAUGCAGAGGCCAAGGGGACCUACAGUGUGGUGGCGCCUCGGGUCCUGCGGCCAAACAGGGACUUCCACGUCGGGGUGUCAACCUUCGGGACCGAGGGGGAUGUGCAGGUCAACGUGGAGGUGGGCGGCAGGCAGGACUCAGGCGGCGAGAUCCUCAACAGGCAAAUUGCUGAUCUCCGGCCGGACUCCACGCAGGUGCUCAAGUUCCAGAUCGGCGAGCUGGGCCCCGGGCAGUACAACCUCUCCGUGUCGGGCUCCGGGGCGCUCACCUUCCGCAACACGACGGAGCUCCAGCAUGUGCACAAGUCCUACUCGGUGUUCAUCCAGACCGACAAGACCAUCUACAAGCCCGGGGACCUCAUGCGCUUCCGCGUGGUGGUGGUCAACCCGCACCUCAGGCCAUCUGUCACCGGCGCCAUUGAUGUCUAUGUUACGGACGGCGCCGGGAACAGGGUGAGGCAAUGGAAACGGGUCUUUACCAACCGCGGGGUGUGGUCUGGAGAGCUACAGCUGGCUGAUGAACCUGUGCUUGGGGACUGGAACAUCACGGUGGAGGUGCUGGGCCAGACUACCUCCAGGACCGUCCAGGUGGCUUAUUACAUGCUGCCCAAGUUUGAGGUGAUCGUGACCCUACCCGAGUAUGCGACCUUCGAUCAGGGCGAGAUGGUGGCCACGGUGGAGGCGAAAUACACCUAUGGGAAGGCAGUGAAGGGGGAGGUCACAUUACAAGUAACCCCCACCUACAAGUACGGCUACCUGCAGGCGCCCUACGAUGACCCUAUUCGCGUGGUCAAGCAGAUCAAGGGCAAGACUGACCUCACAAUUGACCUUCAGGGUGACGCCAGACUCAAGGGAGACUAUGCACGCGAGAUUGAGGUCACGGCGUACGUCAAGGAGGAGCUGACGGGGCGGGUGCAGAACGCCACCUCCCAUGUCACUGUCUACCGCUACCCCUACCGCCUCUCCCUCGUCCGCACCUCUGACUCCUUCAAGCCCGGACUGAAGUACACCGCCUUCCUCAAGGUGGCAUACCAAGACGACACUCCCAUCACAGCCGGGGAGGUCACCGUGCGUCACUCUUUCACCCGCGACCCCAACGGCUUCAAGGAGGAGGUGCACCAGAUCCCUGAAUCGGGCAUCAUCACCCUGGAUUUCCUGCCACCACUGAAUGAUGAAGUGGUGAGCCUGGCCCUGGAGGCACGCUACAAGGACCUGACGCACUGGCUCGGGGACAUCGUCAGAGCCCAGAGCCCCAGCAACUCCUUCCUUCAGGCGACACUCCUCACGCAGAACCCCAGGGUGGGACAGGAGGUGGAGCUCUCCCUGGUCACCACUGAACCGACCGGCGGGGAGAUUCUGAUUGGCCUCAACGCCACGCAGCCGAUGGUCUACUUCGUGUACCAAGUGAUGGGGCGCGGAGACGUGGUGUUUGGCGAGACGCUCCAGGCACACCAGGGCACCACGCACACCUUCAGGUUCCUGGCCACUCGAGACAUGGCUCCUCGCGCCCGCCUCUUGGUCUACUACAUGCGAGCUGAUGGGGAGGUGGUGGCUGACUCCCUCCACUUCGCUGUGGGGGGUGCCAUUCAGAAUGAGGUGACGGUGAACCUGACGCCUAACCUGGUGGAUGCUGGCGGCGAGGUGGACAUCAUCGUGACCACCAAACCCAAUGCCUUUGUGGGGGUGUUGGCGGUGGAUCAGCGCGCCCUCAUGGUGGGCACUAACAACCACUUCACUCAGGAGGAAGUAAUUGAAGAGCUUGAAAGUUAUGACCCAGGGAGGAGGAACCUGGAUGCUCCGUGGCACAACCUUCACCGCCGCAAACGUGCACUCUUCAACUGGAUGGGCACCACCACCACCGCUGAUGUCUUCAAGAAUGCUGGACUUGUGGUGCUGACAAAUGGAUACAUACACGACUUCAACCCAUUCUUGACUGGCAACCUGCCACCCGGUGAUGGCCCCAUUGACGGCUCUCAGUGGGACCCCUUCCGUCGCCCCGCUGCCAUCAAUGGAUCCUUCGGCCGCCAGUUUGCCCCCGUCGAUGCCUCCACCGUCCGCCCUGACCUUGGCCCUGGCGUGGCUUACAAUUCCCCCACCCGGCCUCCCCUGGCAGGACCCUACGCCUUCUCCUACUUGCCGCCUCCACCUGACUCCCGUCCUCGACUGUACCUCAACCAGCACAUCCCGCCCACCUGGCUCUUCAUUGAUGCCGAGACAAAGUUCAAUGGUGUGGUGAGGCUCCGGGAGAAGGCGCCCGAUGCCAUCACCUCCUACAUGGUCUCUGCCUUCGCCAUUGAUGACUUGUAUGGCCUGGGUGUGACGGAGCAGCCAAACAAGCUGCGUGUGUUCCGCCCAUUCUUCGUGUCCAUGCACCUCCCAGCAGCUGGCGUGGUGCGCGGCGAGGCGGUGGCUGUGGAGAUGGUGGUGUUCAACUACGGGGACCAGCAAGUCACGGCUCAGGUCACCCUCGCCAAUCCCAACGGAGACUUCCUGUUUGCUGACUUUGCCAACGAGAUCGACCAAGGCUCCCCAUCAGGAAGCAAGAGCCGGGAGAUCGUCAUUGCCUCCGGUUCUGGGGUCAGUGUGAGCUUCAUGGUGGUGCCUCAGACCCUCGGCAACAUCCCCAUCACUGUCCGAGCCAACACCCCCACAGCUGCCGAUGUGGUCACCAAGCAGCUUCUUGUAAAGCCUGAGGGCAGCAGACAGACCGUUAACAAGGCCAUGCUGAUUGACCUCCGGAGCGAGCCAACCUUCUCCGCCACCGUCAACAUCACCACACCACCCAACAUUGUCAAUGGGUCUAAGGCCAUCUCAGUCACCCUCAUUGGUGACUUGCUGGGGCCUGCAGUGAGUGACCUGCAGAGAGUGGUGGAGCUGCCAACAGGCUGUGGAGAACAAAACAUGGCCAAGCUGGUGCCCAACAUUGUGGUCAUGGAGUACCUCAAGAACAAGAAUCAGCUGGAUGAAGCGCUUCAGGGCCGAGCCAAGAGGCACAUGGAGACAGGUUACCAGCAGCAGCUCAACUACCGCCACAAAGACGGCUCAUUCAGUGCCUUUGGGAGCCGGGACAAGUCGGGCAGCACCUGGCUGACUGCUUUUGUGGCCAAGUCCCUCACUGAGGCUGGGAGACACAUUGAGGUGGAGCCCGAGGUGGUGGCCAAGGCUGUGGAGUGGUUGAUGCAGCAGCAGGCAGUGGACGGCAGCUUCCCUGAGGUGGGAAUUGUGGUCAACGAAGCCAUGCAGGGAGGGGCAGCCUUUGGGUCAGCACUCACCGCCUAUGUGGUCAUGGCGCUCCUCACCACACAGAACCCACCCACGGCACGCGUCAAAAACAGCAUCAACAAAGGGUUGGACUUCCUGGCCACCAGACUGGAUGACAUUCAAGAUCUGUACAGCCUCACCCUCACCACCUACGCCUUCCACCUGGCUGAACAUGCACACAAGGAUGCCGCCUUCUACAAGCUGGAGAGCUUGGCUAAAGUGAAAGAGAAUGAGAAGUGGUGGGAAUCUGAGCCACUGAACAAGACUGUGGAAACUGUGGUGGAUGCCACAUCUCUGGAUGUGGAGACAACCGGGUACGCCCUACUUAUCUAUGUUCACCGCACCCUCACCCAGGACGCCAUACCCAUCAUGCGCUGGCUGGUGAGGCAACGAAACCAGCACGGAGGGUUCCAGAGCACCCAGGACACUGUGGUGGGUUUGUCUGGCCUAGCAGGGUUGGCUGAAAGACUUGCCACCAGAAACCCACAAGUCAACCUGCGACUUAUCUAUGGUGCACGGGGCAAGAACCUGCAGGUGAACCGUGGCAACGCAAUGAUGCUGCAGCGUGUCGAGCUGCCAAGUGACACAGAGACGGUGCAGAUGAGUGGCAGCGGAUCUGGAGUAGCACUGGUGCAGGUGACGUACCACUACAACGUGAAGGUGACGGGGCCCAAGCCGGCCUUCUCCCUCGACCCACAACUGGACCUGGCCACCACGGACACCAAUCGCCUCAGACUUACAUCCUGUAUUGGGUACACUGCCGGGAACGCAAGCAACAUGGCAGUGAUGGACGUGUCACUCCCUUCAGGCUACAUCUUGGACAAUGACCUCAUCCCAGGACUGUAUGACUACGAGGGUGUGAAAUUGGUGGAGAAGAAGCCCGACAGCUCUGGGGUCCUGGUGUAUUUUGACUACCUGACUCCUGUGGAGGUGUGUCCCACUGUGACUGCCUAUCGAGUCAACAAGGUGGCCUUCCAGAAGCGCUCUGCAGUCAGGGUGUACGACUACUAUGACACAUCCCGCCAGGCUCGUCAGUUCUACCGCCCCUUGCCGGCCACCCUCUGUGAUAUCUGUGACCUGGACGAGUGUGACCCCAGCCAGUGUGAGGAGCAGAUCAUUGAGCUCAACCGUCAGCUGCAGGACCCUGAAGAUGUUGAGCGACCUGCCACAGUGCUAGAAAUUGACGCUGGCCAGGCACUCAACCCCACCUUGGCCCUCAUCUUCAUAACCCUGCUGAUGGCCUUCCUCCAGCACUAACCUGUUGCUGCACCCCAAUCUGGUCCUUUCUGUUCCCUCCUCAACAACACCGGGUGGAUUCUGGCCACAGGUUGUGAGGCAGCAAUUUUUGUACUGGAAGCAAAUUGCCACAUCAAGUCCUUGAUCUAUGAUUGAUUUUUAGAAUAUAAAUUGAAUGAGUAUUGCUGUAUUUAAGUGAAAUUUCAAACUAUUUUUAUAUAUAAUUGUACCAAUUAUUACCUUUUAUGAUUUGUAAUUAUAUCUUUUAAUUGACAAUAACUAAAAGUAAGCAAGGGGAUUUGAAAAAUUAAUGUAUAGCAGUAGGAAACUGGGGGCAAUAGUGUAAGUUAUGACUGAGGAAGGAACUCACUGUAUAUAGUCAAAGCCGUUGUAAAUAGUGUGGGUCCUCCACAGUGCUGACACAAGCUUGACAGGGCUGCAGGAGUUGGGUGCCAAGGGAUGUGUUCACCAUUUGGUGGAGGCCUGAGCACCCUCCAGGCUGGGAUGGGGUUGUCACAUGGAGGCUCAAAAUACUGCGCUUGUCAAUUAUAUCUGCAACAUGUAAAGUUACAGUUUGACAUGAUUCUUAGGGAAUCAUUCAGGGUCAUGACAUUAACACGAUAUACAAACAUGGAAGUGAGCAUUUUCAAUCAUGCUGUAAUUGUGUAAAGAGUCAGACAGGGAACAAGGGAUGGCAAGGUGUUGGGAGCCACUGUCUUGUGGUGGCUGGAGGUCCUCAGUGUCUGCCACACAGCACGACACACACUGCCACGGGGUGCCCCACGGCACUGUGCUGAGGCCUCGGCCUCGGGAAGCUUUUACUCACAACUGACUCUUUGCAUCCAAGGCUAAGCUUACUCAUGAGUUCUUUAAACUGGGUAAACCCAGACAUACUAACUACUUAAUCAGUGGCUAGGUUGAUGCAGCCAUCAUGAAUUCCUUUAAAGUCACAAAAACAGGAACUCUUAUAUUAUGACUGCUGGAAAUCCUAUUCAUUGUAUCAAGCUUUAAUGUGUCAGGAUGCAAUGCAUUCUGUGUAUGUGUGAUAUGCAUGUGUUUUGCAUGAUGAGCUUUAGCUGCACUCAAAGUUCUUUAACACCUUAUCAAGAUUAAUCUAUCAUUACCUUUGAAUAGCAUUCAUGGCAGUCCAUUGUUCAUUCUUAAAGUAUGCAUUGUAAGUAGUUGUGUAAGAUGUACAAUGAGAAGGAAGUAGUGUUGUGGAAUUUAGACUGCAUUCAAAGCCUUUACAUUAAACCGACACUAUAAAUAGCAAAGAAAUUUGCAUCGAGUCUUAUGGAUAAAGCUGGAAACAAAGUACACGUGUUCUGGCCAAGGCACAGUGCAUGCAGCUAGCAAUGCCAAUCACAACAAGGUGGAAGGUUUGGGUGUGGUGGAAGCUUUAAGUGGAUAUGAGAAUGGAUAAAAUAUUGGUUUAAAAAAAUGUAUACAUGUGCUGAAAGUUUUUGUACCUGUAACUCAUUGGCAGUGUUGAAGAGGCAUGUCUUGGUGUGUUGCGAUGCAGAGCCUCUUGGGGGGCCUGGCUGUGUUGUGAUGAAUGGCAGUGCUCGCCCAGGCUUUGGCCAAUGCCUCUUAACUAUUUGCUUGUGUUGUGCCUUCAUUAUUCCGUCCAUUUCCCUUUGCUGUGUGUGAAUGAUGUGCUCAAAUGUCGCUCCUGUCCGUCCAACACGCUGAAAACUAACGACUUGAGGCAUCGUACUGGUGUAUUACCGUGGUUAAUAAUUUAUAAUAAACUAUACAUGUUUUCAAA